UUCAACUGUUAGUACAGACGACUGCUUCCAAAACCGGGAGCUAGUCACAUUUUUUUUGCGAAAAGCUGGUACAAGUAAGCGUUUUCUUAUACGGAAGACAAAGAAUACGGCCGAGACCUAACGCACGAACAGCGCGAUGGCGCUCUACGGCUACUUUCUAGCCCUGCUUUUACUUAGCGUUACUGUUCCCCACAGUAUCGCUUUCAUCGAUCCCUCGUUACCGGAUAACGGAUUCGAUUCCCCUACAGAUAUUCCAGCACCACCAAACGGAGAAGUUGAAUGUAAAACCGAAUAUGGGAUAACGACUUGUAGCGCCAAAUGCAAGUCGGGAUUCACGUUCGCAAGCCUCGGAUCUGUUGGAGACACACUCGUCAACCAAUGGAUGGAUGGCGAAUGGACAAUCGGACCCAAGUUCCCUCCCUGCAAACGUACACUCUGUGAAGCAAAGCACCCUGAAAAGGGAACAGUGCGUUGUGAGACGUCAGGCAACAAGAUGAUUUGCGACGUGGAGUGCAACCCAGGGUAUCGAAGUGAACAUACUCACUAUUAUAUGUGCGACCUCGAUAACGGAGAGUGGUCUCCAUCGUUGCCAACAAUUAACCGUUUCCCAACUUGCAUCCUCGGAGAACAAAGCUGCAUCAAUAUGGAAGCUCCUGAAAACGGUUACAUUAUUUGUAAAACCGAAGACGGGAUCCAUAAAUGCACUCCCAUGUGCAAGGUAGGCUAUGGUGCUGUUGGAAUGCCAAUGGAAGGUUACUUUAAAUGUUCCUUGGGAAUGUGGUUGCCAUCUGAGAAAGUGAUGUGCUUACCCACCGACGACCCGGUUGAUCCAAUGGGAUUGGCAGCAGUAACAGGCAUUUACACCAUGAAGGAUUUGCCUGUUGAACAGACCGGUUAUUGUAUGACAUGGGGGCAACAACAUUACCGCACCUUCGAUGGAAAAAUCUUCCGGUUCCAAGGUGAUUGCUCAUAUGUGUUGGCGGAGGACACAGAUCACUUCUUCACUGUACAUUUGCACAAUGAAAAGAACUGCAAAGGAAAAGGAUGUAAACGGAGUCUUUCCGUCUACGUCGGAGAUCUCCUCAUUCAACUGAAGUCAGACCCCAAAGAUGGAAGCCCUGGAGCUUUCGUUGAUGAUAAGAGGUUACCACUUCCAUCAGCAAUGUCGGGCGUUCUAAUUCAACGGGUGGCAGAUUUCGUUGUCGUGCGUGACCCUGAAAGCGAACUCUACAUCAAGUGGGAUGGCCUUGAAUCUAUUUUUAUUAGGGUUGGAGAAAAUCAAGAAAAGCGAACACAAGGUCUCUGUGGCACUUAUGAUGAAAAUCAUCAGAAUGAUUUUACCAAGAAAGACGGUAAAGUUGUAUCUCAUGUCGUCGAAUUUGCGGAAUCCUGGGCUGUUGGAGAUUGCGGAAACACUAAGAUUAACUCGUACUGCUCCAAAGUUACUGAACAAGACAGGUGUACGCUUGCGAAAGCCCUGCAAGGUUGCAAAUAUAUUAUGGAGACCAAAUGCAAAAUGGUCGUGAACCCCGCACCAUACUUCGAAGCUUGCAAGGAAGAUGUUUGUUUUUCAGAUGACGACGAUCUCGUUUGUAAUUCAAUGUCUGCUUACUUCAGAGAAUGUGCACGGUUUGGUGUGAUCGUCGACUGGAGACGUAAAGACAGAUGCGCAAUUAAUUGCCCGGACAACCUUUGCUAUGACGUUUGCGGCUCUUCCUGCCCCAAAACUUGCUAUGAUACCAGCUACAACUGUGAGAACAACCACUGUAUUGAGGGAUGUCACUGUCCAGAAGGUACCUAUCUCCAUAACGGAACAUGCGUUGCGCGGCAGGAUUGUCCUUGUCAGUAUGCAAAGCAAGAAUACUCACCAGGUUCAAAGCUCAGACUCGACUGCAACCGUUGCGUUUGCGCGCGUGGACGUUGGGUGUGCACCAAGAACGUAUGCGACUCUGUGUGCAAAGCUGUUGGCAGCCACUUCACCACUUUUGACGGAAAGCAUUUCGAUUUUGAAGGCCGAUGUAGCUACGUUCUUGCUAGAACUGAAGGAAUGCAAGACAUCGCUUUUGAAGUUAAGCUUAUCAAUACAUGCACUGGUUUUGAAUGCGAUCGUUCACUCGAAGUUACAGUAAACGGUGAAACUGUGCACGUCAGUCAUGCUGGUAAAGUUGAAAUCAAGGGAAAGGAAGCAAUCCUUCCAUAUCACAACUACUUCUACGCAAUGGAAAAAGUCACCACUAACUUUUACAAGGUAACCAUCAACAGUGGUCUAACUGUCCUCUUCGAUGGCAAGGACCGAAUUUAUAUUCGUGCCAAACCAACCCUUUGUUCCCGUAUGAGGGGUAUGUGUGGUAACUUCAAUGCCCAAACUACUGACGAUUUUUGGACGCCAAAUGGAGAUUUAGCAGCUAAUGCAAACGAUUUUGGGGACGAAUGGGCCAUUGGUCAAUGUUUGUUUCCCAACACACCAAUGAUUUUGGCCGAACCAUGUGAUAUCCACCGAAGUUACAAGCUAAGGGCUCGAGAGAGUUGUGAAGUUAUUACGGCAGCGCCAUUCACAAAAUGUCACGACGUUGUGAACUACAAACUCUAUUUCGCUCACUGCAAGGACGACAUCUGCAAUGCUGAAGACGUUAAGUUGCAAUGCAGAGCGUUGGCUGAUUAUGCCAUUGCUUGUUCGAAGCUUGGUGUUAUCAUUGGGAACUGGAGAAAGAUUAUCUCUGAAUGCGCUGAUGAAACGAAAUGUGCUACCGGAACCUCGUUCAAGGAAUGUGCGAAUGCGUGCGGUUCGUCCUGCGGAGCUCUUCAAAGCAGCUUCGUAUGCGAUGAGCAAUGCGUUCCUGGUUGUACUUGUCCUGAUGGAAAGGUAUUCGAUUACAACGGAAAAUGCGUAGCUGUAACCGAGUGCUCAUGCAUGUUUGAAGAAAUUAUUUAUGUAGCUGGAGAAUCACGAAUGCAAGACUGCAACGUGUGCGAAUGUCACCGAGGAAAAUGGGCGUGCACUGACAACAUUUGUCCCAUUACCACUAAAUGCAGUUUGAACGAAGAAUUCAGCAGUUGCAUGAAAUCUGAAAUUCAAACAUGUGCAAAUAUGCAUUUACCGGUGAUCAACAGAAAGAUUGAGAAAUGUAUUGCUGGUUGCCAAUGUAAAGAAUCGUUCGUUUGGGACCAAACUACUAAUCAAUGCGUCACGCCUAAGACAUGCCCAUGUUAUCAUGGUGGAAGAAGUUACUGUGAGAGCGAGACGAUGCAACAAGAUUGCAAUACUUGUCGUUGCUUGGGUGGUAUUUGGGAUUGUGAAUCGAACGAAUGUGCUGGGAUGUGUCGAGCAUAUGGUGACUCCCAUUACACAACAUUUGAUGGUAAAGAUUACCAAUUCCACGGCAUCAAUGUAUUCACUUUGGUUCGAUCCAACAAGAAAAACGAACACUCCUUCAAGAUUUCGAUUGAAAAUAUUGGCUGUGGAAGCAAGGGCGGUACCUGUUCUAAGUGUGUCGUUUUCUCCAUCAACGUCGGCGAUAUUGUCAAGGAAAAUACUGUUGAACUUGUCCGUGGAAAGUCAGUGAAAGCAAAGAAGGUUGGCGAUUUCGAAAUUACAUACGUUGGUAUGUGGGUGUUCGUAAAAGCCAAGGACCUUGGAGUGACGUUGCAAUGGGACAAAAAGACAACAGUCAUGGUCCGCAUUGACCCUGAACACAAAGAAAAGGUCGAAGGUCUUUGUGGUGAUUUUGAUGACAGCGAAAGUAAUGACUUCAGAAAUCCACAAGAAAUGAUUGAAGUGAACGAAAUCUCCUUCGUCAACUCUUGGAAGACUUACUUGAACGGAAGUCAAGCCGAAGAAGUCCCAGUGGAGAUGUGCGGUUUGAACAACCAUAGAAAAUAUUGGGCGGAACGAAAGUGUGCAGUUCUUACUGGAGACACAUUUUCUGCUUGCCACACAUUGGUCGAUCCUAAAAGUUAUUACCGUGCGUGUGUGUUUGACGCAUGCGCGUGUGACUCUGGUGGUGAUUGCGAAUGUCUGUGUACUGCUCUACACGCUUACGCUCAAGAGUGUAACCGAAAGGGUGUUCACAUUUACUGGAGAUCUCAGGACCUUUGUCCUUUGAUGUGUAUGGGCAAGCACAGAGAGUACACGCCCUGCAUGUCGGCCUGCCCACAGACCUGCUCUAACUACAACAUGUACGAUAAAAUCAAGAACAACUGCGAGUUCGCAUGCGUUGAAGGAUGUGGAUGCGACGAUGGAACGAUCGCAAGCAACGACGGCGCAGUAUGUAUGGCACUUGAUUCUUGCGUAUGUAAAGAAAUUGAAGGUGUUGCCUAUGCGGAUGGAGACAAGAUUGAAUCUAUGUCAGACGAAUGCCGAAGCUGUUACUGCAUGGACCACGAUAUUCACUGUUUGGGUUUGUCGUGUUACGAGGGAGGAAUUGUCCCCGAGCUGUCAUCAAGUUUGGGAACCUUCUCUGGCGGUGCAACAGAAUAUGGUGGCUUCGUUUUCAAGCCUGCAGAAUUAACACCAGCUUUGUGUUCGGAUCUUUACGAUAACCUCGUUUCUACAUGUGGAAAGUCGAACAUGGUCACUUGUUCCUUCCGAUGUAACCAAGUUUGUCACGCAUGGAGAACUGCUACGUACCAAUGCGCACAUUCAAGCGAUGACCAGUGCGUUGAUACCUGCGGGGAAGAAUGCGUUUCCUGUCCCAUCAACUACAUUCUUAAAGAUCCCAAGACCUGUGUACGACCAGCCGACUGUUUGUGUAUGCUGCCAGACGGAAGCUCUCUCGGGCCUGGUCAAGUAAGAAACGAUCGCGAAGCUUGCAUUCGUUACUAUUGCUGGAACAACGUUCUUACGGAUGAAGUUUUGGUCGGUUGCACCCCAAGUCUCGGCGGAAUUAGCGGGGGUGCUGCUGGUGCAGGUGCCGGUGCUCAUGGAGGUUUGUUUGGUGGUCAUCCCUCCGGCGACACUCUUGGUUCUGGCAUUGGAUCCGUUGGUGCAGGUAUACUUAUUGGUGGUACAGGUUUCUCUACUGUUACGGAGGAAGGCAGAGGUUCUUCAGGAUCUGUUGGAAUCGACGCCGGAAGCAAGUCAGCAGCAGGAGCUGCAGCGGAUGCUGCAACUAAAGCACAAUCGGAGAUGACUGCUGUGCAAGAAGACAAUGGAAUUGUUACCAAGCACUUUGCGAUGGGAUCAAACACUGGAUUUGCUGAUGCAGCGGCCAAGUUCGACGGAAAGACCGGUUACACCGCCGACGAAGUUGGAGCUAUUGAAGCUCAUGGUGCGACCGCUAUUGCGGCGGAUGGUACGGCUAGUUUGUUCCACGAUGCUGCAGUAGUAGCUCAUACAACAUCAACCGGAGAUUCCGAAACCAGUGGUAUUGGAUUCGGUUCUGAUAACGAACAAGCUGCUGCUGCACAAGCCGCAGCUGAUACAGCGGCUGCUUUAACUGCAGCUAUUGUCCAAGAAGGUGCACUUUGCGUCGACGAAGGAGGCAUCGAGCGAAAGUUCGGAGACAGCUGGGAAUAUCUACAUGAUUCGUGUAAGACGUGUACGUGUCACAGCACUGGUGAUGUUAGAUGCCUUGAGAAAUCAUGCGAUCCAUAUCCUUCCUGUCCGGAGGGACAUUAUGUUGUUGAGGAGCAAGGUGAUGCUUGUUGUCUCACAUACCGUAUUGUCGAGAACGAGUGCGACACCUCCCUCUGCGAGUUUACAGCACCAACCUGCAUGUUCUCCGAAACGCUAGUCAUUCACGCAAUCGACAACUGUUGUUCAUCUUAUGAAUGUGUUUGCAACCCAGCGAGUUGUCCGGACUUAGGCGAUCCCGCUUGCCCAGAAGGUUCCAUCAGAGUUAUUGUAGACCCCGAGCAAUGCUGUCAAGUUGGUAAAUGUGUAAACAUUGCGCAAUCGAAGGUUGGCGCCGGGUCGGGUGUGGGAGUCUCACACCAAGGAGCUGGCUUUUCAACUUCAACCUUUUCUAAAUCCAAUGACGAAGCCCUCGUUAACGCAGCAACAGACAGUAUUCUUGAAUCAGUCGGACUUGCACAUGCAGCCAACGACCAAGACGUGGAAGCAAUAGUGAAAGGCGGUAAAUCCCGUGGUAAACAUAGCAAGACAAGUUUCCACCCAGGUCAAACUGUGCUUGGUGCAGAUGCAGCAGCAGGAGUUGGACAUGGUCAAUCAUAUCUUGGAGGUUACAUGGGGGCACCUUAUGGUCAAGAUGUGGUAGCUGCGGCCGACACAGGAAUUGUUGUCAAGGGAGGAAUCUAUGAAUCAAUUGCAAAAUCGAAUGACGAUGAAGAAAGCGCGCUGUUCCUUGAUAAUAAUGCAGAACAAGCUGCAAUUGGAAAGGGAGUGGCACAAAGUGCAAGCGAUUCUGGUGUUUAUGUUGAUGGAAAAGAUUACGGCGAUGACGUAACAAAAACUAUGUUCACACCUGGCAACGUAAUAUUGGGUGCGGGAGCACUUGCCGAUUCAGCAGGAUAUGGCGGGUAUAUGGGAAUGCCGAAACACCACUAUGGAGGCGGAGAAGCAUAUGGUGCUGCCAAACAAGGUAUUGCGAUUGGCGGCGGUUCAUUCAUCACUGAAACUUACGACGAUGGAGCGUCGGACGGAGUCGUAAAUGUUGGCAUGAGAUCCGACAACUUGGCUGCAGGCCAAGGCCUUGCCCAAGGCGCUCAAGGCGCCGACGCUCUCGUUGCUGGAGGCAAGAAGGGCGGCAAGGUGAGCAAGACCGUCUUCCAACCUGGUCAAACCGUACUUGGCGCAGGUGCCGCUGCAGGUGCAGGCCACAAACAAGCCUACCCAUACGGAUACUUUGGCGGCAAGCACGGAGCAGCUGGACACGCGGCAGCCGACUCUGGCAUCGUAAUCCAAGGUGGCGCUUACGAAACCAUCACCAUGUCUGACGACGAUUCAGCACAAAACGUCGCUUUCGGUUCCAAGGCCGAUCAAUUGGCCGCAGGACAAGGCUUGGCGCAAGGAGCAGCUGAUUCGGACAUCUACGUCGGAGACAAGGACUACGGCGGCGAUGUGAGCAAGACCAUGUUCGUUCCUGGAUCCAUUGCACUCGGCGCGGGAGCACUCGGAAAGGCAAUGGGACAGGGACAUCAUUAUGGUGGACCCGGACCAUACUACGGAGGCGCGGAAGGUUACGGUGCAGCCAAGCAGGGCAUCGUCAUUGAUGACGGCUCAUUCAUCACUGAAACUUACGACGAUAAAGCAUCGGGCGGAGUCGUAAAGGCUGGCAUGGAAUCCGACAACUUGGCUGCAGGCCAAGGCAUUGCCAAAGGGUCUCAAGGCUCCGACGCUGUCGUUGCUGGAGGCAAAAAAGGAGGCAGAAAGAGCAAGACAUUCUUCCAACCUGGUCAAACCAUACUCGGCGCAGGUGCCGCUGCAGGGGCUGCGCUUGAUCAUGAAAACUUCGGUGGCUUUUACGGAGCGCCAAUUGCUUCCACUGCAGGUAGUGACGCAAAGAGUUCUACCCUGAUCGGAGGCGGUAAAAUGCUUUCUGAGAGCUCUUCCGGAACCAAAUCUGGAUCUGAUGUCUUAUUACAGCAAGCGACUGGAGCACACGCUAAGGGCGGCGCGGCAGUUGGUUCGGCUUCUGAUCUGUUACUCCAAGUGGCCGAAGAAUCUUCUUUGUGCCUUGAUGAAAGUGGAAAAGAGCGAAAAUAUGGUGAAUGCUGGAAGAAAAAUAACGACCCAUGUGAACUGUGCACAUGCUACGAUAUGAACGACAUCAGGUGCCAAAUACAACAAUGUGAUCCUUAUCCUGAACCAGUUGAAGGGAAAGAAGUUGUUGAAGAGCUUACAGAUGAAUGCUGCAGUACAUUCCGUUAUAUUGACGUCGAUUGUGUGCAGAAGUCUUGUGAAUUCCAACCACUCAUCUGUGCACCGUUUGAACGAUCGGUUUCCUAUGCCAUUGAUCAAUGUUGUUACACGUACGAGUGUGUUUGCGAUCAAUUAAAGUGUCCAAUGCUCGGACACCCAUCUUGUCCGGAAGGAUCUGUCAGAGUUGUUCUUGAGCAAGAUGCGUGUUGUCCAGUUGGCAAGUGUGUGUUCAUGGAUGAACACGCUGCAGCUAAUGCUAAACAGAUAAGCAACAUUGCAGGAGGCCUGUUCAGUACCGAAACACAUUCAAGUGAUGGCCACGGAUUGGAUACUGCUCUUAAAACGAUGGGAUCACAAGGCGCAGCUGCUGGAGCAAUUGGUAAAUCAGGAGCUGCUGCUGGUGUCGGAAUUGCUGACAAAUCAGGCAAGGGUUCCACUUCAGUAUCUUCGUUUAUCCCUGGCCAAACUAUAAUCGGCAGUUCAGCGCUUGGGGACGCAUCAAGCAACUUUGUUCCACACCCACAUCAUAUGUAUGGUGGUAAGGGUGCGUUUGAUUCUGCUGCAAGCUCUGGAGUGGUUGGACUCACCGACAGUGGCAUGUUUUCCCAAUCUAAAGAUGCAUUUGGAGGUUCAGGUUCUGAAUUAGGUUUGUCCAGUGACCAAGCUUCUGCCGCGAAGGGGUUGGGACAGGCCGCUUCUAAGAAUGGCUUAUCAAUAGUUUCGGAGGUGGAUGCUUGCAUCGAUAACUCAGGCAAGGGUCGCGCUCUGGGAGAACAAUGGUGCGAUUUGAAUGAUCAAUGCACUGUUUACACCUGUACUGAUUUUGGAACAUUUAAGCCGAAAGUACGCGUCUGUGAUGAAGCUCCAUUGCCAAAGUCUGGCUACAUUAUCAAGGAAGAAAUCGGUGACCCAUGCUGUGUUACUUACCGCCUUGUUAAACAAACUUGUGAAGACCUGGAAUGUCAGUUUACUGCCCCAGUUUGUGACAUUAAUCAAAAGCUGAUCACGUAUCCAAUAGACAAGUGCUGUUCUACAUACGAGUGCGUCUGUAAUCCUGACAGUUGCGGUUAUAUUGGAGAUGUUAGAUGUCCAGAUGGUAGUACCCGUGUCGUUUUAGAACCUCAUGCAUGCUGUCAAGUUGGAAAAUGUGUAAUGGGCGGUAGCUCAAUUGGAGGCGCACAGGCAGCUGCAGGUUUGCAGAUAAUUCCUGGAUUAUUGUCUACUGAAGCAGAAACAUCAAAAGCAGAUAAAAAAGAUAUUGCUUUUGGGUCACAAUUGGCAGGAGCUGCUGUAGGACAAGCAGUAGCUGCAUCGUCAGCCGAUACUGCAGUACAGGUAUAUGAUGGAUCGAAGGAUGAUUCUCAUUCUGUUACGUCCUUUAGCGCAGGCAAUGUAGCUUUUGGAGGUUUGGCCACUGGUUCUGGAUUGGGACAUAGUUUCGGAGGACCGCAUUUCAUGCCUGGCAUGAGUUCAGGUGCUGCGGAAGCUGGAGCUAAAAGUGAUGUUUAUCACGGCAAAAAUGAGUUUUCCAGCAUUGAUAAGGACGCGAAGGUACAUCAAGCUGUAGUAAGUUUGGCGCAAAACGCAAAUGUUGGCGCGGAAGGUGCGGAAGCAGGACAGACGCACACAUCCAUAGACAUUGCCGAAGAACUUUCAGUUUGUUUAGAUGAAAGUGGAAUAGGCAGAUGCUAUGGAGAAAGUUGGUACAAAUUUGGGGAUGCGUGCAACCUGUGUACCUGCACCAAAUCAAAUGUUAUCGAAUGUUUACCAAGAAGCUGUGAUGAAUAUCCAGUAGCCCCUAUUGGCUAUGUUGUAGUUGAAGAAAAGGCCGACGAUUGUUGCUACACAUACCGGUUGGUAAACGAAGAUUGUGAUAUCACUAAGUGCGCUGAAUCACCGCCAAUUUGUAACUACUACGAGGAUCUGAUUCACUAUGAUAUUGACGGGUGUUGCAGUUCCUACGAGUGCGAAUGCAACCCGUCAAAGUGUCCAAAUUUAAAAACAGAACCAUGUCCAUUUAACUACCACAGAAUUGUUAUAGACCAGGACUCCUGUUGUUCGGUUGGAAAAUGUGUGCAGAUGGUGAAAUCAUUAAUCGGCACAGAUGUAGGGGCACAGACCGGAAUAAAUUUGGUUGGCGGUUCAUUUAUCACUGAAACUUACGACGAUGGAGCAUCGGACGGAGUCGUAAAGGCUGGCAUGGGAUCCGACAACUUGGCUGCAGGCCAAGGCCUCGCCCAAGGCGCUCAAGGUGCCGACGCUCUCGUUGCUGGAGGCAAGAAGGGCGGCAAGGUGAGCAAGACCGUCUUCCAACCUGGUCAAACCGUACUCGGCGCAGGUGCCGCUGCAGGUGCAGGCCACGAACAAGCCUACCCAUACGGAUACUUUGGCGGCAAGCACGGAGCAGCUGGACACGCGGCAGCCGACUCUGGCAUCGUAAUCCAAGGUGGCGCUUACGAAACCAUCACCAUGUCUGACGACGAUUCAGCACAAGACGUCGCUUUCGGUUCCAAGGCCGAUCAACUGGCCGCAGGACAAGGCUUGGCGCAAGGAGCAGCUGAUUCGGACAUCUACGUCGGAGACAAGGACUACGGCGGCGAUGUGAGCAAGACCAUGUUCGUUCCUGGAUCCAUUGCACUCGGCGCGGGAGCACUCGGAAAGGCAAUGGGACAGGGACAUCCUUAUGGUGGACCCGGACCAUACUACGGAGGCGCGGAAGGUUACGGUGCAGCCAAGCAGGGCAUCGUCAUCGAUGGCGGCUCAUUCAUCACUGAAACUUACGACGAUGGAGCAUCGGACGGAGUCGUAAAGGCUGGCAUGGGAUCCGACAACUUGGCUGCAGGCCAAGGCCUCGCCCAAGGCGCUCAAGGCGCCGACGCUCUCGUUGCUGGAGGCAAGAAGGGCGGCAAGGUGAGCAAGACCGUCUUCCAACCUGGUCAAACCGUACUCGGCGCAGGUGCCGCUGCAGGUGCAGGCCACGAACAAGCCUACCCAUACGGAUACUUUGGCGGCAAGCACGGAGCAGCUGGACACGCGGCAGCCGACUCUGGCAUCGUAAUCCAAGGUGGCGUUUACGAAACCAUCACCAUGUCUGACGACGAUUCAGCACAAGACGUCGCUUUCGGUUCCAAGGCCGAUCAAUUGGCCGCAGGACAAGGCUUGGCGCAAGGAGCAGCUGAUUCGGACAUCUACGUCGGAGACAAGGACUACGGCGGCGAUGUGAGCAAGACCAUGUUCGUUCCUGGAUCCAUUGCACUCGGCGCGGGAGCACUCGGAAAGGCAAUGGGACAGGGACAUCCUUAUGGUGGACCCGGACCAUACUACGGAGGCGCGGAAGUUUACGGUGCAGCCAAGCAGGGCAUCUCCCGAGAAUGCGACGCUUAUCCUUUAUGUCCAACUGGGUAUAAGGUGAUAUCGGAACAAGCAGAUGAUUGCUGCCACAGCUACCGCAUUGUAAAUGCCGACUGUGACUCUUCUACAUGUGCAUCUUCACCGAAAACGUGCGAAUUUUAUGAAGACCUUCAGUUUUACCCAACCGAUACUGACAGAUGCUGUGGUACAUAUGAUUGUGCAUGCAAUCCAAUGAAGUGCCCUGAUCUUGGAAACUUGAAAUGUCCAUUCGGUUCCACAAGUUCUGUAAUUGACACAAAAUCGUGCUGUGGCGUUGCAAAAUGCAUUAGAAGCGAAACUGCUGUAAGUGGUUCUGCUGCAACAUCUCUAUUGUUCGGUGGAGGCCUCUUUAGUAACACUAUGUUCGGAGGAAACUCCGAUAACGACAAUGGUCUGGUGGUUGGCGUCGGUGGUUCCUCCAAGGCUAUUGGUGAAGCUGGUGCAGGUUCUUCUUCCAAUACUGGAUUAGCAAGCAAACAAGGUUCUGGCAGCAAGACUUCAGAGCUAACUUCGUUUACCGGUGGAAAUGUGGCGCUUUUGUCAGACUCUUCUGCUCUUGCUACUUCAUUGUCAUCUCUUGCACCAGGUUCGGACUACAAUGCAUACGCUGCUGGUCGCUACAACGCACUUGCUGAGACAUACGCUAAGGCGCUUGCCUCGUCGGAAACCGGAUCUAUUGACGGAUGUUGUACUGGUUUAACUGAUGCAUCAGCAUGCCCAAGUACUUGUCCAAAAGACAAAGUCUGUGAUGGAACAUCUUGCGUUUAUCCACGGGAUUGUCCUUGUUUCCGCAACUCCGUUCGCCGACCGACCGGAGCCGUAUGGAAGGAAGACAACGGAUGCAGCAAUUGCAUCUGUAUGGGUGGAGACGUCCAAUGCGCGCCGGAGACCUGUGAAGUGACAAGUUGCCCGUCUGGUCAGAAACUAGCUUUUGCUCACCCUGAAGAUUGCUGUGCAGUUUGUAUGGAUGAUGACAGUAGUUGCACAGAUACGUUCGGCAACUUACACAAUGUUGGAGAAUCGUGGGCCGACGAAACUAACUCAUGCCAGAGUUGUUACUGUACGGCAGAAGGCGUGAAAUGCGAAGCUGAACCAUGUCCAGUGAUUGAAAAACCAACUUGUUCUGAUGGACUAAUGUUGGUUACGAAGGAAUCCGGUUGUUGUCCCGAGUACGACUGCGUAUGCAACUCGGCCAUGUGUACAUCAACGAUGCCAGUUUGCGAAGAACACCACUCGGCGGUAAUUGUGAACCCCACGGACUGUUGUCCAAUCUACGAGUGCGUAUGCCGAUCGGAAACUUGCCCGGUUGCACCUGCUUGUGCCUUUGGAGAACGCCGUGAACGAACCAACGAUGAUACAGCUUGCUGUGGCGAAUACAAGUGUGAACGUAUUGGAUGCACUGAUGAUUCUGGAAACUUCCACGAAGUCCACUCUACAUGGACGAUGUCCACUGAUGCCUGUCAACAAUGUUCAUGCGUGGGAGACCGCAACCUCGCCUGCAAGGCUAGAGAGUGUUCGGAUAUUGCGAAACCAAUUUGCCCUGGAGGCGUCGAACCUUCUGUAGUAUUUGACAUUGACGGUUGCUGUCCAACCUACGUCUGUGACUCAAAGGAUUCCUUUGGUGUCGACUUCCAAGUUUCAGUCAAGCGUGGUUACUGUGCUGGUUCAAUUUGCACUAAGGCUCUUCUCUUCAGCGACACUCUGUCUGGUGAAGUUUAUGAAAUGGAGAUUGACGCUAAGACGCCAUUGACAUCAAGCAACUUCGUUGUUGAAGUAACAGGAAUGACUCAAACUAUUACUGCCAAAUCCACCGGUGUAAAGGUUGUAUUCGACCAAGCAUCUGAUGCCUGGUCCAUCCAUGUCCCAGCCAAGUUCUCUGGUCAAACAGAAGGUCUUUGCGGUUUAGCAGAUGGUGAAAUAAGCAAUGACCUCUGGAUGGGAAGCUACUCCGUCGCGUCAGUAUCAACUUCUGGAAGCGCCAGCUCAGAAGAUGUUGGUACUUUCUUCAACCACUGGUUGGACAAGAACAUUGCUGCUGGAUCCCAAGUGGGUGCCAACGGCGAGGCUGGAGUAAGUUCCUGUCUGUCAGAUGCUCUGCCAGAAACUGGUCUUAUUGCGGGAGGAGGAAGCGCGCUUGUUCGAUCUUACUGCGAGCAUGUUUUUGCAUUGCCAACAUUCUCAUCUCUCUCUUCGUUUGUUGAUGCCGGCGAGUACGUCGAUACUUGCGUCCGAGCUACUGCUGGUUUACCAGUAAUGAAGAUCGGAGUUGCUGUAUCUGGUGACUGGCCAGGUUGUUCUGUAUUCGCAGCAUACGCAAGCGCUGCAGCAAGAGCCGGAAAGUGUAUUGAAUGGCGUACACCUGAAUUCUGUGCAUACAGUGGUUGCUCAUCUGGAAGCGAAUAUAUCGGAUGUGGAUCCAGCGUUACAAAAACAUGCGACAACUUCAAGACGUUCGACGGACUUCCAGUUACUUACGACACAGAAGGCUGCUUCUGUUCAAGUGGAAAGGUACUUCUUGAUGGUGAAUGCGUUGAUACAUUUGUUUGUCCAGUGUGUAGCGAUGAAAGUGGAUAUGGACGACGUGCAGGUGAACAAUGGUAUUAUGCCGGUGAGCCUUGCAUAGUCGCAAUCUGUCAACCAGAUAGCUCUGUUGUUCAAUCCCAAGUUAACUGCCCAGCUGCACCCCUUUGUGGACCAAACGAGAACCUCGCCAAGGUAUCAGAUGAAUCUGUAUGUUGUACGACUUAUGUCUGCUUGCCUGAUAACCACGAAUCCAAGUGUGUUGGCUUGACAUGUCCACCAAUCAUCCGACCACGAUGCGCUGUAGGAGAGCAAUGGAAGGCAACUCCAUCUGGACCAAGCGAGUGCUGUUUAACUUACACCUGCGAGUGCAACUCAGACUCGUGCCCAGUUACCUCGGUACCGCUCUGUGAGGAAGGUGAAGAGCUUGAAGUUAUCGGAACUGAUGAUUGCUGCCCAAGUGCAACUUGCGUCUGCAAGAUUGAAACUUGCGCACCAAAGCCUGAUUGUUCCGAAGUCGGACACACUCUUCGAGUUGUGGAUGAGGGAAGAUGUUGCUCCACCUACGAGUGCGUCUGCGACAGAGAUAGCUGCGCGGUUGCUGAGAUUCCAACUUGCCUUGGUGGCGAAACAGCUGUCGUUGUUAACGCCGGCGAAUGCUGUCCAGUAUACGCAUGCGAAUGUGACAAGUCACAAUGCCGACCAUGUACCGAGGAUUGUGCAGCCGGAUUCACUCGCGAACUCGUCAGUGAACCAGGCGCAUGUUGUGAGGUGUACGAAUGCAAGUGCGACGUUACUCAAUGUCCAGUUACAAGGGUUACACCAUGCUCGACUCUUGCAGGAUACAGACUUAUUACAACUGGAAAGGAAAUACGAGCACCUGGACUUCCUGAAUGUUGUGCAAGCGAAUUCGAAGAAGUUUGCGUGUGUGACGUAGGAAGCUGUCCAGUCUCCACUGUAACUUGCGAAUCGUACGAACGAAAGUAUCAGACCAACCCAGGAGAAUGCUGCCCAACUUAUGCCUGCGAAUGCGAUAACACUCAAUGCGAACGAGGAGUUUUGUCUUGCCCAAGCAAACAACAUUUGACCGAGAAGGUUAUCAACUCAUGUUGCUCAAUCUCGGUGUGCGAAUGUAACGUAUGUGAACCAGCCGAACCUUGUAAGGACGGAUGGUUGGCUACCGACACCUUCGACGAAUGUUCAUGCACUAUUAGAACAUGUGUACCACCUACUGAAUGCGUCUAUCUCGGAGAGACCCACGCACCAGGUGUAACCUGGAUGGAAGAUAUUUGCACUGAAUGCAGCUGUUCUUCGACCCCCAACUCGCUCGGCGAAUUUGAAUCAACAUGCAGCGCCAUCAAAUGCGGAUCGUGCAGCUCUGGAUAUACUUAUGUACCAGUUGCUGGCCAAUGUUGCGGUGAUUGCGUGCAGACCGUUUGCCACAACGAAGGAAAGCAAUUUGCACCUGGUCAGACAUGGACACCAUCAGACGACCAAUGUACAACAUGCGAGUGUAUGAUUGAUCCAAUCUCGAACGAGGUUUACAGUCAAUGCAGUGCACCAGCUUGUGCACCACUCGACCCACUCUGUGCACCUGAGAAUGUCAUGACAACAGAAGAUGGAUGCUGUACUUACUGCAAGACAAGCAACCUUCCCGAGAACAAGUGCAGACCAGUGUCUGACUUCUUCGAAGAAAUCGAACACGAUGGCUGUCGAUCGGCAGAAAAGGUGAAUGUGACGAUGUGCGAAGGUCAAUGUACCAGUGCAUCAGUGUUCUCUUCGUCGACCGGUGGUUUCGAGAAGCAAUGUUCUUGCUGUAGCACGAUGAAGACGGAAAAACGCACCGUCGACCUUACAUGCCCAGAUAUGUCAACCAAGGUUUACGUUUACGAAGUCGCCCUGGAGUGUGCUUGCCACGCCACUGCCUGUGGCUCAGAGCCACUAUUUUAG